AUGAUAUAUCUACCUGGCAAGACAGACAAGCUGGAAGAACAAGAUGUUGCCGAUAAUGUGGAAAUUGCUACAAAAAAGAUAGCCUCUGGUCCAGCGACCGAGUCGAAGUCUGUUGAAAUCACAGAACCUCGAGUUCGCGGAGUUCUCAACGACUUCGAUAUGGCCGUCGUUCUAGGUCCCGAUGGCAAACCUACAACACCUUCCACCGGAGAUCACCACAUCACAGGCACUCUACCCUUCAUGGCUGGUGAUCUUCUCAUGACACCGGAAGAUAGAGCGAAAUUCCAAUUGAAAUACCCUACAAUUCCGACGUAUCAUUUGUACCGCCACGACCUCGAGUCGUUUUUCUACAUCCUCGUUUGGGCAGCCACACGUUAUGAUUUAAAAAAGGGCUGCAGGUUGCGCCUUCUCCCGGGCUCGCCGCUGAUAGGGUGGUCAAAUACCCCAAACGUGCUCAACACUGUGCAAAUAAAGGCAUUAACAAUUCCGCUCAUGGACCGAUUGGAAAACGGUAUCCUCGCAGAGUGGAAAGGCCUUUGGGUGGACUGGAUUCAGCCACUCUUUCUCUUGUUCAUGGAAGGACUACGAUUCAGCCAAGCUGCUCAGACACACGGCAACAUAGAUGAUUUCACGACCGGCGGGGGACUUUUGACUUUUGAAAAAUUCAUGGCAACUAUUAAAGUCACACCCCGAAACUUCGAUACCAAGAAGUGA